AUGAAGAAGAUUCCCCUACGAGAAGAGGAUAAACCGCGUGACGAUGUUUCCCUUCGCUUUGAAAAGCUUAGAAAACAACUUGAGCAAGAAGGAUGGUUUGAGCGGGAUUGGUUUAUUGACUUCAGCCGUAACAUCAUUCCUGUAAUCAUUCUCUGUGUUGUAGGUAGUCUUUUGAGCUACUCCUAUCCUGUUCUUGCGGUAUUUAUGAUUGGCAUGGGCAUGCAGCAGGGAGGCUGGCUCGCCCACGACUAUGGUCAUGCCCGGGGUAAAUUCAGUCAUCUCCUUGGUAUCACACUUGGGGGACUUGUUAAUGGUUUUUCUCUGAGUUGGUGGUCUCAUAAGCACAAUACUCAUCACACCUUUCCAAACAGGAAACAACACGAUGCGGAUAUUCACAAUGAGCCGGUAUUAUACUUGUGGGCCCCUGAAGGAGAAGAUGAUCAUCUAUUGCGACGUUAUCAGCACUUCUACUAUCUCCUGGCGUACUCCCUGUUGUAUGUGUCUUGGCGAAUGCAAUCCAUAAGGUUUGUUCUUGGAAGCCGCAACACUAUUGAGCGCUUGUUAAUUGCUAUUAACUACAUGUGGUUGGCUUGCCUUCCUUGGAAGGUGGCAAUUGGUAGCAUUUUGCUUGGAGGUUUCUCUGUUGCUAUCGUUGUGACGGCUAAUCAUCAAACUGAAGAAAUGCUAGAGUCUGGUGAUGAGUACAACUUUAUUGCUGAUCAGUACCGGACGACACGUGGUGUUUGCUGUUCUGAUAAAUUUUUUGAGUGGUUUUUCGGUGGAAUGCAAUAUCAGCUCGAGCAUCAUCUGUUUCCUAUGAUGCCUCGUUAUCGGUAUCCAGCAGCCCGUCACAUAGUUAAGAAGUUUUCCGAAGAAAACUCACUCCCAUUUCAUGUUAGUGGGGUGGCAGAAAUUUUGAAGAUGAAUUAUGCUGUUAUGAAACAAAACGCUGAGGCAACUCCAGAAGUCCGAAGAACAGGGCAACUGAAAACGUAUUCAAAGUGA